AUGUUCAAAUUUGUGUUUCAAAGGAAUAUUCGAGGUUCGAGAUGGGAUGUCCACUGUAUCGAUUUAGCACUCCUACUGGUCAGAUGUAAAAUAUUUUUGAAAAAAUGGGCUACUUCAUUCGUCAAUCUGGGGAGGAGGGGUAAGAAAUGUCAUCGGAAAGGGCAUCCAGCGCAAGUGUGUAGUUGGGAAACACCAGAUAAGAGAAGUAAAAAUGUAGUGAAUGAGCAUAUUGUGAAAGACGAUGAGGAAAUAAUACCUGAUGUAAGUGAGGUUGAGAUAGAUGAGGCACCCGUAUAUUCGGUCAAGAGGGUGGAAGUUGAGCCGCCGCAUAAGAUAGAAAUUACAGUAAGCGAGAAAACGGUUGUUCUCGAACAGGAGGUGGUUAAAGAUAAUUGGUCGGAUUAUUGGAUUGAGUGUAUCGAAUGGAGUCGAGAGGAUAUUGUGUCGAGAACGCCUUCUUUGACUUUUGAAGAGAAAUAUCAUUUAACUCUUGCGGCUUACGUAUACAUGUAUCGAUUGAAGUACGACUCUGGUCAAAUGUUAAGUUUUGUUCUUGACUGCGUCAAAUAUGAUAGGGAACUACUCGGUAAAGGUGUCAUUAAUAGAUUCUUCUCGUCUUCGAAAAAUCUCACGUCUGCCUUUAAGGCUUCCGCAUCACUUUGUUUUGCUAACAGCUUUAUGGCACCUUUUUAUACUAUUGCUUUUAAUUCUUCGAAAUCUCCUAUGGACGGUUAUAAGUUUAUCGAAGAUUGCACUCAUAUUCUUGAGGGUAAAGCGAACUUCAAGGAGUAUGUUGUUGAACGUGUGUAUUCUAGAGCUGUUGAUGCUAUCGAUAAUGUAUGGAAUGGAUCAGAAAAACUGCUGUUUUCAAUCGGUUGUCUAUAG